AAACAUGUUCCAAGAAAAAUGUAAACCGGAAAGAAGACACUGUUAAACAAGAAAACGAACAAGUGAACAACUACAACAAUGGAAGAUAAUUAUCAUUACUACAAGAUGAUCGUCUUCAACCGGAAGUUCAAGAUCACCGAACGUAAGCCACCGCCGGACGUCACCGACGCCUUCAGUUUCUGCACCGACGGAGACUCCCAGAUGUCGCCGGAUCACUUCCGUCGGUUUUUGAUCGAGUUUCAGCGACAAGAACAUACCACAAUCGACGACGCUAAGCGGUUAAUGGAGCUUGUUCUUCACCGCUUCCGACCUAACUUUACUCUCUGCUCUUUCACCCUUGAUGAUUUCUUCAAAUACCUCUUCCUUGAUGACCUCAACUGCCCCAUCCCAUCACAGGUACACCAUGAUAUGACUGCGCCGUUGCAACAUUAUUUCAUAUACACCGGCCACAACUCGUACCUCACGGGAAACCAGUUCAAUAGUGAUUGUAGUGAGGUACCAAUUAUAAAAGCGCUUCGUAAAGGCGUGAGGGUGAUCGAGCUAGAUUUAUGGCCGAAUAGUGCAAAAGACGGGAUUCAUGUUCUUCACGGGUGGACUAUGACGACUCCAGUAAGGCUUAGCAAAUGUUUGAAGUCCAUUAGAGAGCAUGCUUUUGUGAAUUCUCAUUAUCCGGUGAUCAUCACUUUAGAAGAUCAUCUUACACCAAAUCUUCGAACUAAAGUUGCAGCGAUGGCGACAGAAAUAUUUGGAGAUAUGCUUUACUGUCCAAAAGCAGGAGAUAACGAUGAAUUCCCUUCACCCGAAGAAUUAAAGCAUCGUAUCAUUCUUUCGACAAAACCACCAAAAGAAUGCCUUGAAUCUAAUAAGCUUGAAGAAGAGUUGAUUGCAGAGGACGAGACGCCUUGCGUCUGUGAAAAUGCAAACCCGAGUGAUGAAACGAUUGGAAGUAAUCAGGAAGGUAACGUGUCCAACUUAAAUCAAAAUUUGUCUGAGUUUCUUCGCAUCGACUCUGAAGAUGAAGAUGGAGAGGCUGCAAAUGAGAAACCGGGACAGAAAACGCCUCGUGAAUACAUACAAAUCAUUGGGAUUCAUGCUGCUAAAGCGAAUAAGGAAUUACGGCAGGCGUUAGAGGUUGGAUCGGGGAAAGGUAAACGUGUUAGUAUGAGUGAACAAACACUCGAAAAAGCUGCAGAAGAUUAUGGAAGUGAUUUAGUCAGGUUUACUCAAAAGAACUUUGUUAGAGUGUUCCCAAAGGGUACACGGGUUACCUCAUCAAAUUUCAAACCGCUACUUGCAUGGAUGCAUGGUGCCCAAAUGGUCGCGUCCAAUAUGCAGGGAUAUGGCAAAUCACUUUGGAUGAUGCAUGGAAUGUUUCGGUCCAAUGGAGGAUGUGGUUACGUUAAGAAGCCUGAUUUUUUAAUGAGGAGCGGUCCUAAUAAUGAGGUGUUCAAUCCGAAAGUAACAUUACCUGUGAAGAAAACUUUGAAGGUGACGGUAUAUAUGGGUGACGGGUGGCAUAUGGAUUUUAGCCAGACUCAUUUUGAUACAUUCUCACCACCGGAUUUCUACACAAAGAUGUAUAUGGUUGGAGUACCAGCCGAUGUCACCAAGAAGAAAACCAAAGUGAUUAAAAACGAUUGGAUACCCAUAUGGAAUGAAGAGUUUACAUUCCCAUUGACAGUCCCUGAGCUGGCUUUACUAAAGAUCGUUGUACGAGAACACGACGUGUCUGAGAAGGAUGACUUUGCCGGUCAAACAUGUUUGCCUGUGUCUGAGUUAAGAAGCGGGAUCCGAUCCAUUCCACUACAUAACAAAAAAGGAGAAAAAUUCGAAUCUGUCAAGCUUCUUAUGCGGUUUGUCUUCGAGUAGACAAACACUCGUAGCUACUUAAUAUCGCUAGAUCCUGUUGUAGUUAGACUGUUACAUGAGAGCUUCUACUUUGUAUGUAAUAUAUGUUGUACGGUAUUUGAUCCAUGCGACGCAUGAAACAAUGUUAUCGGAUUGUAAAGCACAUAAGUUGACCCAUGGCUAAAAUGCCAAGAUCCAUGACAUGAACAGUUGCGAUCUCA